AUGGAAAAAGAGAAUGUAUUAAGCAUAGAAAAAACUAACGAGUUACGAAAAAAAUUAGGAUUAAAGGAAUUAGAAAUAGACAAAAAUGAAAAGGGGGAUGAUAGCAAAAAAGGGGAUGGCAAUAAAAAGGGGGAUGAUAAUAAAAAAGGUGUAAGGGGUAGAAAGAAAAAAGAAAAUGAUGAACCAAAAGAAAAUGAUGAACCAAAAGAAAAUGAUGAAAAUGGCCAAGUAAAAACAUUAACCGAAGAAUUUGAAGAUGAUAUUGAUGAUGUUCAAAAUUGGGUGAAUAAAACAAGAAAUGUUAUAAAUAAAAAAUUAGAACAAGAAAAAAUAAAAUAUAGUGAUGAUGAUGAAGAAGAUGAUGAAGAAGAUGGUGGUGUGUCAAAAAAAGGAAAAAAAAAAGGAAAAAAAAGACAAAAUAGCAAAAAAUUUUCUAACAAUUUAAAAGUACAACAUAAAACUGAAGAAAUUGAAAAUGAUAUGGUUUUAACAUUGAAAGAUCAAAAUGUUUUAAAUGAUGAAGAUGACUGUUUAAUAAAUGAAGAAUUAAAAAAAAAAAAUAUCAAAAGCUUAAUAACAAAAAAUGAUGAUAAUUAUUGGAACCAAAAUUAUUAUAAUCCACUCUCAUAUUAUGAGAAUGAUUUAAAAAAUGAACAAAAAGAUAAUAACACAUCUAUAAAUAUGAUUCCAAAAUAUGAUGAAGAAGACCAUUCCUUUGAUAUUCAGAUAAAUUAUAAUGACAAUGAAAAAGAAUAUGAACAAAAAAGUACUGCAAAAAAUAAUUUUGAUAAAAUAAAAAAAAACAAUACAGAAAAUUUAAAGAAAAGAAAUCUCAAUAAUGUUGAUGAUGAAAUUACAAAAAGUAGUAAUACUAUUCAAAUGAAAAAAAGAAAAAUAAAAAAUAUAAAUAAAAGAAAAUCAGAUGAUGUGUGGAGUUUCUUAUAUGAUGAUCCAAUAAAUGAAGAAAAAGAAUCAGAAAAAAAUAAUGGAAAUAAAAUAAAAAAAGAGAAAAAUAAUGUAAAACCAAAUAAAGAAAACGUAAAUGCAAAUAGUAAUAUUCUACAAGAUGUUAUGGAAAAAAUUAAAGAAGAAAAUAUGAACAUGGGAUUUAAUUAUUUUAAUGAUACAUUACUUAGUCAACAUGAAGAAGAAAAAGAAUUGUAUGAACUAUUAGAAAAAGGAAAUGAUUUAAAAAAAAAAAAAAAAGAAAGAAUUAAUUAUCAAAAUGAACUAUUAAAACGUAUUGUAAUAAAUGAUGAUGAUGAUGAUAAAAAAAUUGAAGAUGAAAAAAAUAAUAAUACUAUAAAAUUAACAGAUGCUUCUGAAUUUUGUAAAAGUAUAUACUUACCAAUAGAUAUGCAUGACAAUAUUAAAAAAUCAACAUUAAAAAAAAAUGAUAAAAUAAAUGGUAUAGAAAUUGCAGUAUCCGAUCGACCAAAUAAUUCAAAUCGACUUUCAAAACUAAAUCAUAAUGAUCAAGAUGAAAAUGAUCAAGAUGAAAAUGAUCAAGAUGAUGAAAAAAAAAAAAAAAAAAAUGAAAAUAUAUAUGAUGAUGGUGAUGAUGAAAUAGAUCUUUCAGAAAAUGGCGUAUCUGAAAUUUUUAACGAAAUUAAAUUAGAUGAAGGAUUAUUUGGGGCAUUAGAAUAUUUGAAAACUAGAGGGGAACUAAACAUAGAAGAUAAGGUUUAUAGAAACCCUGAAAAUAAACCAUUACAUAUGCCAACAGAUAAAAAUGAAAUAAAAAUCGAUUAUAAAAAUGAUACAGGAAAAGUUAUGACACCCAAAGAAAGCUUUCGAUAUAUCUCGUGGAUUUUUCACGGAAAAAAACAAGGUAAAAAUAAAUUAGAAAAAAAAAUAAAAAGAAUGGAAAUUGAACGUAGAUUUAAAGAAAAUCCAAUGGAAUCUCUUCCAACUUUAAAUGUUCUUAAAAAAGUUCAAGAAGUUCAAAAAAAAGUUUAUUUUACCCUAUCCAAUAAUGGGUGA